AUGCAAUUAUUAUUAAUACACAUUUUUUUAUAUCAAUUUAUUAUUUAUUCAAUAAUAAUUUAUGCUGAUAGACAAGAAAUAUUAUAUAAUGAUUAUAAAAAAAUAGAUGAUUCUCUUCUUUGUCCAUCAUAUUUAUUUCGUUGUGAUAAUAUACGUUGUCUACCUUAUGCAUUUGUUUGUAAUGGAGAAUAUAAUUGUCAUGAUAAAACAGAUGAAAUUAAUUGUUCAACUGCAUUAAUUAAUAAUGAUCUAUGUAAUCAAAAUUCUUCUAUCAAUUGUGAACAAGAUAUACUUCAUAGUAUACGCCUUGUUGAACAUGGUAUUCAUUAUGAAUAUACACGUCCAGUACAAAUCUGUAUUAGACGAUCAUCAGUCUGCGAUGGAGUUAUUGAUUGUCGUAAUGCUAUUGAUGAACAAUGUACACAACAAAAUCCAUUACUAACUUGUUCACGAGAUGAAUAUCAUUGUAAAAUAACCAAUCGUUGUAUACCAAAAACAUGGCUAUGUAAUGGAAUCAAUGAUUGUCUUGAUCCAUAUUCAUCGGAUGAAUUAGAUUGCCCGAUGAUGGUUAAAUGUACAUCGAAUGAAUUUACUUGUCAAUUGAAAAAUCAAUGUGUAUCAUCUACUGCUGUUUGUGAUGGAGUUCAAGAUUGUGCUGAUGAGAGUGAUGAAUCUCCAUCUAUAUGUCGUUUUCCUCGUUAUUGUACACGUGAUCAAUUUGCAUGUAAAUCAACAAAAUUAUGUAUCCCAAAAUCGAAUAUUUGUGAUACAAUAAGUCAAUGUCAUGAUCGAAGUGAUGAAAUGUCAUGUGGUUGUCCGAUUGAAGAUUAUGUUAGUGAUAAAUUAUUUUAUCGAUGUAGUUUAACAGAUAAAUGUUUACCAAAAAAUAUUGAAUGUGAUAUCAAACGUGAAUGUAAUCCAAUAUUUUUUGAAGAUAAUGAUGAUAAUAAUGAAUGUUCAUCAUUUUCAUUAUUAAAUAAUCAAAUUUGUUUAUCAAAUAAUACAUGCUUAGGAGAAAAUCAAUAUUGUCGAGGUUAUUUUCAUAAACGUUGUGUUUGUCAAACAGGUUAUCGAAUGAAUGAAACAACUGGUGUUUGUGAAGAUAUAGAUGAAUGUCGUGAAAGAGUUAUUUGUGAUCAUUAUUGCAUAAAUACUCGUGGUUCAUAUCAUUGUUCAUGUCAUGAAAAUUAUCAAUUAAAAUCUGAUAAACAUACAUGUACACUUCGUACAAAUUUAUUUUCAUUUGUAUCUCUAUAUGGUUUAUUUGAUAAUGGAAUAUAUAAAUUAAAUUUGAAUAAUGAAAAUGAACUUGAUAAAAUUAAAGAAUUAUCAAAUAUUAAUAAAAAUGAUUUUAUACCCGAUAAUAAUACAUUAAUUAUUUUAACAAAUCAUGCUUAUUUAUUAGAUUAUGAUCCUAUUGAAAAUUAUUUAUAUUUUGCUGAAUGUUCAGUAGCUAUUCGACCAAUUAUUAUGUCAUGUCCUAAAACACGAGGAAUAUUUCGAAUUAAUUUAAAUCGAUCAAGAUAUAAAAAAGAAUUAGUUAUUGAUGGACGUGAUUAUACAUCAAUUCAAUCAUUAGCUGUUGAUUGGUUACAUAAGAAUAUUUAUUUUGUUAAUACACGUUUACAAACAAUUGAUGUUUGUCGAUUGAACGGAAGUUUUUGUCAGAUACUUCUUCAUCAAACAGUUAGUGAUUAUUUACCACAACGUAUUAUUUUAUAUCCAGAAAAAGGUUUACUUUUCUAUACAGCUAUUGUUAAAUCUCGAGCUCAACAUAUAGUUCGUCUUGGAAUGGAUGGUAAAAAUUUAAAACUUCUUUUUACAAUAAAAAUAUUGAAUGAUAUUGAAAAUGCUAAUUAUCUACGACCAUUAUUAACAAUUGAUCGAAUAAAUCAUUAUUUAUAUUUUUAUGAUGGUUUAGAUAAAAUAUUUAUAUUAAAUAUGCAUGGAGAAAUUCUUCAUAUACAAUAUCAAACUACAUAUCGAUUUCAUUCAUUUAAAAUAUUUUCUGAUAAAAUGUAUAAAGCUUUUACAAAUGUCGAUGGAACAAAUCAUAGUGAAUUUCGUAUUAAUCCAAAAUAUGCUCUUGGUACAACAUUACUUGGUUCAGGAUUUAUUUUUAAUCUUGAUCGAGUUGUUCAAAGUUUUUAUAAUAAAAGUUCACGAUUUGGACAAGGUACUUUGUCAUUAAAUUCUUUUCAUAAUCUUUAUUAUCUUCGAUAUCCAAUACAUAUGAUUGAUUUUAUUAUUGUUGAUUCAAAUAAAAAGAAAGUGACAGAAAGUCAAUGCGAUAAAUGUGAACAAUUAUGUUUUCCAAAUAACCUUAAUCAAACAGAAAUCACUUGUGGUUGUACGCAAUAUUAUAAUCUAGCUGAUGAUAAACAUUCAUGUAUACCUAGUUGUCCUGAACAUUUUUUUGAUUGUCAAAUAUCGAAAAAAUGUAUUCCAUUUUAUCAACAUUGUGAUGGAAUUAUUGAUUGUGUAUUUGGUGAAGAUGAAAAUAAUUGCCAAGCAUGUAAUAAAACAUCAUCAUUUCAUUGUUCGAGUAAUUCAAAAUGUAUAACAAUAACUGAUUUAUGUAAUAAUAUAACUGAUUGUUUACAUGGUGAAGAUGAACAUGAUAUAAUUUGUGGACAUUAUUGUGAAUGGCCAAGUAUAAAUAUUUGCAAAAAAAAAUAUCCAAAUUUAUGUUCGGAUGUAGAAUUUUAUUGUGAUGGAAAAUGUGUAUCAAUUACUCAUCGAUGUGAUGAUAAACCUUAUUGUUAUGAUGGUGCUGAUGAACCAUUUGAUUGUAUUAAUGUAACAUGUCCUUAUGAAUAUUUUAAAUGUCCAUUAUCUGGAAAAUGUAUACCAUAUGAACAAGUUUGUGACAAUAUUGAAGAUUGUCCAAUUAUUGAUAAAAUUAAUGGUAUUACUGCAGAUGAAACAUCACAAGCAUGCAAUUUUGUAUUGAGUCGUCCAACUAUUUUAACAACAACAAUAACAACAAGUACUUCACAAAUAAAUAUAACAUGUGAAUCAGCUGAUUUAUUUCGAUGUAAAACAAGUCAUUUUUGUAUUAAUCGUACUUAUGUUUGCGAUGGUGAUCUUGAUUGUUCUGAUUCAUCUGAUGAAGAAAAUUGUGAAGAUUACAUUAAUCACAAUCUUAUAGCAGUAUCAUUACAUAAAGAUUAUACAUGUAUAAAUGGUUAUCGAUGUCUACAACAACGACAUGAACUAAAUAAUUAUAAUCCAUUGUGUAUAUCUUUAAAUGAAUUAUGUGAUGGAAUUAAUCAAUGUCCACUUGGAGAUGAUGAACAUAAAUGGCGUUGUCGUAAUUGUACAAAUUGUGAUUCGACAACAAGUUAUUGUGAGCUAAUUAAUCAUUUACCUGUUUGUCAAUGUAAAAAAGAUUAUAUUAAAAUAGCAAAUGGAAGUUGUAUCUUAGAAGAUAAUCUUUGUAAUUGGUCUUAUGGAACUUGUUCACAUGAAAAUCUCUCUCAGGAAAAUGAUGAAAUAAAUUUUUGUAUAAAAAAGAAGUCUAUUAGAAAUUGUCAAUGUGAUCGUGGAUAUAAUAUGAAAAAAAAUAAUGAUGAUAGUAUAUCUUGUGUAGUACGAAGUAAUCAAACUUUCAAUGUAAUGCUUAAUCCGCGUGCAUCAUUUUAUCUUAAUCAAUAUAAUUCAAUAUUUGUUCCAGUAAAUCCUUCACAUCAUGUAAUCGAUGCUGUAUUUAUUCCAAUGGAUAAUAUAUGGUGUUUAUUUUAUACUGAACAACGUAAUGGACAUUCAUUUAUUUGGCAACAAAAAUUUAAUCAAAUAAUUAAUUCAACUAAUCGAUUACAAAAUAAUGCAACACAAAUUUGGUCUUCAUCACUUUUUUAUUUUACUUCAUUAGAAGUUGAUUGGAUUCAUCGUUUAGUUUAUGUACUUUAUGAUGAUCCAUCAUCAUCAUUAAAUGGUAUUGAAAUAAUGUAUUCAAAUAAAAAUGAUUAUACACAAUUAACAUUUGUUAAUCGAUUAACAUUUUCAAAUACGAAAACAAUUUCAUCGAUUAAUGUUCAUCCAUUACAAGGGUAUCUUUACAUAAGUGCAUAUUAUGAUGCACAACAUUCUUUUGUUUAUCGAAGUUUACUUGAUGGAUCAAAUCUUGAAAUAUUUUUAACACUUCAAUAUCCAGUAUUAAGUAUGACAAUUGAUUAUCGUCAUCCACGUUUAUAUGUUUUAUUAUCAAAUGGUGAAAUUGAAAGUUAUGCUAUUGAUAAAAGUCAACCAUGGAAAAUAAAUGUUUAUUAUUUUAAAAAUCUUCGACCUUAUUCAAUUGAUCUUUAUGAUGAUAUACUCGUUGUUAUGAUAUUUAAUACAACAGAUUCAACAUAUGAUGAAAUAUGGAUAGAUAAAUUUGGUAAAACAAUAACAGAAAAAUAUCGAAAAUUAAAAACAGCAAUGAUUAUUCGAUAUAUACAUGAAUUUAAAUAUCCAAAUAUUGAUAUAUCGAAUAUGGUUCAUCAAGUUUGUUCUGAUUCAUCAUGUCCUGUUGGUCGUAUCUGCAUAUCAACUCCAUCAUAUCGACCAUUGUGUAUAACUCCUGGACAAAUGAAUUUAUGUGGUUCAUCAUGUCAUAGUCGUGGUAUAUGUUCUAAUGGUCAAUGUGUUUGCUCAAAUCGUACAUAUGUAGGAGAUGAUUGUGAAAUGUGUCGUUUAACAGAAACAAUUAAUGUUGGUUGUUUUCAUAUUGGUAAUGAUUUACAACCAUCUUGUAUGUGUUAUUUAUCACGAUCAAAAAUUCGACAAACACCUUAUUUAUGUACAACACUUAAAAAUGAUCGUGGUGAAAUCGAAGUACCAUGUGAUCGUAUUAUUGCACCAUUAAAACGUGAACUUUGUUCACGAAAACUUUUUCUUGAUUCAUCAUGUGAAGGUACAACUUAUUCAUUAAUAUUUCAUAUUCGAACACAAAGUUGUAUUUGUCGUGAAACAAUGAAUAGAAAUAGAAAUUGUCUUAAUAAUGGUCUUUUAAUUAUUAAUGAUAACGAAAAUUUUACUACAUGCUCAUGUUCAUUUCCAUUCUUUGGUAAUCAAUGUGAAUUAAAUCAAUGUAUAAAUUAUUGUCAAAAUAAUGGUACUUGUUUAGUAAAUGGAACCGAACUUUUUUGCAAUUGUUCAAAUGGUUUUACAGGUGAUAAAUGUCAAAAUAAUAUAUGUCAUUGUCAAAAUAAAGGUAUAUGUUUUUUAGAUAAUAAUAAACCAAUAUGUCGUUGUCCACCUGGUUUUACUGGUCGUUAUUGUCAUAUAGGAAGACAAGGAUUUCGAUUAAGUUUUUGGUUUUUAAUUAUUAUUAUUUGUACGAUAUUAUCUAUUAUUGCUUGUAUUUUACUUCGAUAUAAUUCAAAAUUAUUUCGAAUAAAAUAUUUAUUUGCACAUCGUCGUCUUCAUGAACAAAUUGGAUUAGAAAUUAAUUCUAUAAAUGCAACUUAUUCUCAUGUACCAACAAGUGAUAGAAAUAUUUAUGAUCGACCAUUAGAAGAUGUUUUAUUCGAUGAAAAUGAUAUAUCUGAAUUGGGAAUGACAAAUACUCAGAUAGACAAUGGAACAGAUGAAUUUAUGGAUGAUCCAUUUUAUGUUGAUGAAAAACAACCAAUAUUUAGUCAUGAUCGAAAUUUAAAUACAAAAUCAAAUAUUCGUUCAACACAUAUAGGAACUUUAUAA